GGGGUCGCUUAAAGCUGUAAUUUCACCUCGUGAUGGUUCUGUGAACUUCCCGUCGCCGCGUUCUUGUUUGAUACUCGGGGGACAAGAAGACAAGAUGGCACGUCGAUUCUUUGCCGCGCUCGCCCUCGCGCACAGCGCCACUGCUCUACUUGAAGGCUUUGUAGAUGUAUUGGUGCAAGUGGACGAGGUUCGGGUUCCCGCCGAUCUUUUUGCGGGUGUAUUGCAGGCGGCCGGGAGCGACGAUGGCUACGAGGCCUGCGAAACCGCCAACGCUGCGAUCGGCUACUGCUACGAGGGCGGUUAUCUCGAGCGCACCGUCCCGGUCGCGGUCGGGAACAGCUGCUUAUGCUGUGACGGUCCCACUGGCAUUUCCGCAGCAUACUCAAGCUGCGCAACCUACGCGUCGAACGAGGCGCCGGAUGCUACCAGCGUGUACCGAGCUGUCUCUCAAAUCUACAGUAUUUGCGCAAACAGUGUUGACUGCGGCGCCACGGCAACCUCGCGCAGAGCGCCCACGCGCACAGCAUCGGGCGGAGGUGGGAGCUCCAUUACCCUUCCUCCAGUAUGCUCGUCGAUGCUCGAUAUCUACUCCUCUUGCUCGGAGAAACUGGAUGUCCAAACCGCUGGGCCUAGAGAUGCGGCUGAAUGCUUUUGCCCCGAGUCGGCAGGCACUGUAAACACAGUGUUCCAGGACUAUGCGAGCUCCUGUGCCCCCUUUGUUCGGAGUUCAUUUCCUGGGGAUUACUCCAGUAAGUCCAACCCUGCCAUAUUUUUGCGUGUGUGCUUGGAGGAGUAUGGGUUCUUACUCUCCACCUAGUCAUCAGGCAACUCGCGACGUAUUGUGACCAGUAUCCGCCUCUCAGCACCGAGGCACUGCUCUUUACGACGGCGGGGACUCGCACCGGGCUUGACUUUGCCCGUCCCUCAACGACUUCCCCGCCAGGUGGUGCCGAUGAUAACGGCGAAAACAACAAUGACGAUGACGAGAUUUCUGAGGGUUCCGAAUCGACCUCGAUUUCAUCCGGGCUUGCCGCUCCGGGGUUGGCGGUGCCCGGUGUUAUUGCCUGGUUCGCUAACCUGGCCA